AUCGAACUCCACGUACACUUUAUAACCUUAUUACAUCCUAAGAAAAGACUAAUUUGAGGGAAAUGAGGCCAAAGAUUUACCUAUUUGGAGACUCCAUCACCGAGAUGUCCUUCCAGGACGGCGGCUGGGGCGCUUCCCUCGUCAACCACUUCCGCCGCACCGCUGAUGUGGUGUUGAGAGGCUACAGCGGUUACAACACCCGCCGCGCUUUGGGGAUACUAAACACGGAGGCGUUCCCGGCGGAGCCGCUGGCGGUGACGGUGUUCUUCGGUGCCAACGACGCCGCUCUCCCGGAUAGAUCGUCUUCUUUCUCCCACGUCCCCAUUGAGGAGUACGAGCAGAACCUGCGCUCCAUUGUCUCAUUCUUCAAGAAACAAUGGCCAAAGGCGAUAGUGAUCCUCCUAUCUCCACCUCCAAUUAGUGAAGCAGCUCGCAUUCUAAACCCGUACGGGAAUAACACGUCGGGGCUACCCGAAAGGACAAACGGAGCCGCAGGAGCUUAUGCCCAAGCAUGUCUCCGAGUCGCGACAGAGCUCGGGGUUCCAUCCGUCGACCUAUGGACCAAAGUUCAGCGGGUCCCGGACUGGGAGACGGCUUGCUUGAGCGACGGGUUGCACCUGGCACGUGCUGGGAACGCUCUUGUCUUCGCUGAGGUGGUCGAGGAGCUCAAGAAGCACGGAUGCGGGCCUGAAACCCUAUCUUCCGAUGAUUUCUGAUCAAGCAAUAAGUAUGUGUUUUUUGG